ACAACUCCAGUGAAGCAGAUCUGCAGAGACAGAAUUCAUCCUGCUUAGGAACUCCUCAAUGAUGAAGCUGGCAUUGAGUCAACCUCCCUUCUCUGGAACACUCCUGAUGCUGGUGGUGUCAAUCUUGCUCCUGUGGGAGAAAGCUGCAUCAAUUCCUGCAUGUAUGGUGGAAGAGGGUGACUGCUGGGACCCUCUCCAGGAAACAUUUAACAGUGCUAUCCAGAGAGCUGAAACCCUCUGUAAUCUUGCUGACCAGUUAUAUGUAGAAUUUUACCAGAAUCAAUUCUCAUCUAGACAGUUUGCAGAUCUUAAUUCAAAACUGAUUAAGAGGGACGAGACUGUUCUCAAAGCUGGAAUUUACUGCCAUUCAACUCUUGCAAAACCCCAAACUAGGGGAGGAAAUUUUGAAAUCGAAGAGCACUUAAAAAUGUUGAUCAAUUUUGUGGGUUCAUGGAUCAGCCCUCUUUUCCAUCUGGUAAUUGAACUGAGUGCCAUGGAAGGUGUCCCUGAAACUAUCCUCUGUAAAGUCAAGGAUCUGGAAGAGAACAACAGACAACUUUUGGAUGACCUUAGGUGGAUACUCACCAAGGUCUCCCCUACAGCAGAGAUAAAGGAAGAAUUUCCCAGCUGGGAACAUCUUUCAUUCUUAAAAUCAAGUAACAAAAAUAAUAAAUUUUUGGCAAUGUUUAACCUUUCCAACUGUCUAGACAAUGAUACAAAGUUCACUCUACAUCAUCUCAGAAUAUUUAAAUGUCUCAUAACUGGAAAAGAUUGCUAAGUGCACAUUUACCGUGUCUGCUUGGGAGAUGCUCUAAAAUAGUUCACUGUUGAGCAUUUGCUUUUAAUUGUAUAUAUUUCAAAUCCAUAUGUGGAUAUAAUGUAUAGCUUUAAAAAAUAAAACAGAUUCAGCCUGC